AUGAGCGCGAUCUUGUCGGCAGACGAUUUAAACGACUUCAUUUCACCGGGGGUCGCGUGCAUUAAGCCCGUGGAAUCGCUUUCACAGAAAAGCGCAAAAGAUGCAGAGAACCCCUACGAAGUAACAACGGAGGAAAAGGUCGAGCCCGAGAAUCUUCCACCGGCGCAGAUUUCCUUGACAGACUGCCUUGCUUGUUCAGGCUGCGUGACAUCGGCAGAAGCCGUCUUGAUCUCUUUGCAGUCCCAUACCGAGGUCCUAAACACUCUCGAUGCCCAUCCCGAGAUUCCUUUGCCACACGAACACCAUGGAAGAACGACAGCGAAUCCCGAACAAACUGGAGAGGGCAGGAUAUUUGUUGCAAGUGUGAGCCCACAGGUCAGAGCGAGCUUGGCGGCAACCUAUGGCAUCUCGGAGAAAGAAGCGGGGUACAUGAUCGAUCAGUUCCUAUGUGGCCCGCAGGGGCUGCGAGGCGGCGGAAAACAUGGCAGUGGCUUUACGUGGGUCGUGGAUACAAAUGUCAUGCGGGAAGCCGUUCUAGUUCUCACUGCUGAUGAAGUCUCGGAGUCGUUCGGCUCGGAUCCCGCUGGAAACAGCCCAUCUGGUGCUGAGAAUGCCCUUCCCAAGCGACCGAUCCUAUCUUCUGCUUGCCCUGGGUGGAUCUGCUAUGCUGAAAAGACCCAUCCCUUUGUGCUUCCGCAUCUAUCUCGCCUCAAGUCCCCGCAGGCUCUGUCUGGAACAUUCCUCAAAACCGUCCUGAGCAAAUCUCUUGGAGUCCCAGCUUCUCGCAUCUGGCACUUGGCUCUCAUGCCAUGUUUCGACAAGAAGCUUGAGGCCAGCCGAGAGGAGCUCACCGACGCUUCAUGGCAACAAGGGGAGUUCCACGGGGGCUCUGAACCCGUUCGUGACGUGGAUUGUGUGAUCACAACUCGGGAACUCCUUUCGCUAGCCGCUGCUCGAGGCUUCUCACUGCCGAACAUCCCUCUGCAGCCGCUUCCAUCAGGCUAUAUCCCGCCUUUCCCAGAAAAGUCUCUCGAUUCUUUCAUCUCAUUCAAACGGUCUCCUGCUCAACAGUCCCUGGAAACAGGUACAUCCGGGGGCUACUUACACCAUGUGCUCAACACCUUCCAAGCUCGUCACCCGGGAAGCCAGCUUGUUACGAAUCGCGGGCGUAACGCUGAUGUAGUUGAGUACGUGCUCACAUCCCCAGAGGGUCAGCCCAUCAUGAAAGCGGCUCGAUACUACGGCUUCCGUAACAUCCAGAACCUUGUUCGGAAGUUGAAGCCUGCUCGCGCAUCCAGAAUGCCCGGUGCAAAGCCUGUGGCUGCUGGGCGACGUCAGCCCAUGUCUCGAAACACAGUCUCUGGAACGUCAGGUUCAGAUUUCGCCUAUGUUGAAGUCAUGGCUUGCCCAGGCGGCUGCACCAACGGCGGCGGACAAAUUCGGGUUGAGGAUGCCAGAGAGGCUAUCAAUUCUUCGGAGGAUGUUCAGAUGGCAGAUGCUCCUGGAACUUCAACCAAGCCCUCACCCCACGAGCAGCGCGCCUGGCUUGCACGCGUGGACGAGGCGUACUUCUCGAUGGAAUCCGACUCGGAGAACGAAACAAGCCCUCAUUCUCAACUCUCCAUCGCGGACAAAGAGGCUCUGAUCCACCAGGGAUUGGCCCGCUGGUCGGAGUUCAUGGGAAUCUCGCUCGACAAGCUGGUGUAUACAACAUACCGCAAGGUUGAAAGCGACGUUGGCAAAGAGCAGGCUCCGACGAACGGGACGGCCAAUGUCGUCGAGCUUGCUGGAAAGAUCGGAGGUGGAUGGUGA